AAUGUACGCAGUCUUCCAAAAAUAACUCAUUUGCUUUAGUUUCGCGUUAUCGUGUUAGAAUGAGGUUGGCGUAGUUUAAAGUGAACAUUUUGUUAUAUUUUAUUCAAAGACUAAAUCAUGAGUGCUGCUGCAGCUUCUUUACCAUGCCCAAUUUGUGUUAAUUGUGGGGUUUUUGAUUCUGUGCAGUCUCUAAGAGACCGGUUAAUUUAUGUGUCUACAAACAACAUAUUGUGCCCAGUGUGCCAAGAAGAAGUAUCGGGGUUAGACAAACUUACAAUCCAUUUAUUCAGUCAUGUAAAAAUUUUGGGCACAAAAGAUUCUGAGAAAAAGAAAGAUUUGACGUCAAAACCUAACUUAGCAACUCCAACAACAGCUUCGCUUCCGAUAAAGUCAUCGAAAUCUAACGUUGCUAAAAAUAAAUCGUCAUCAACUACAGCUGCUGCGCCAAUUAAAUACGUGAAGAUAUAUCCAAAAUUGCCUACUAUAUCCUUGAAUACCGUUCCUGUGAUAGAUAUAACUCGGGGGUCAAGUGAGGAAUAUGCGCAGCCUGUUUCUGUAGCUAUUUUGAAGGCGGAAACAUCAAACUCACAAACAAAUACUAUUUGUAAUGUUUGUGGCUUACAAUUUGUAGAUGCUAACAUAUUAAAAAUGCACAAGUGCCUAAUUCAUAACAUAGAUGAAACAUGUAGUGAUAAUUUUACACGUUAUCAAUGUCACUUAUGUCCGAAGAAUUUUAAAAUGAGAGGAUCUUUAAUGGUUCAUCUAAGAGUUGCUCACUUUGGAUUUUUAUCUGGAAAUUGUAACUCUACGGAUAAGAAUAAAGAUAAAUCAGCUGAAACUUCUGAAGAUAAGUUUACCAAUUUAGAGAGAAAUGAUAACAAACAAUGGCAAUGUGAUGUAUGCCGGAAAUGUUUUACAACCAAAUAUUUCUUGAAGAAACAUAAGCGUCUACACACAGGUGAAACACCAUACGCGUGUACGCAAUGCAACAAAACGUUUACAUUUCAACAAUCUUAUCAUAAGCAUCUUCUUUAUCACAAUGAUGAAAAACCUCAUACUUGCAACUACUGUGGACGCGCUUUUAAAGAAUUAUCCACCCUUCAUAAUCAUCAACGUAUACACACUGGCGAAAAACCUUUCUCGUGUGAAACUUGUGGCAAAUGUUUUCGUCAGAGAGUUUCAUACCUAGUUCACAGACGUAUACAUACAGGAGUUAUGCCAUAUAAAUGUACUGCGUGUGAAAAAAGCUUUCGAUACAAAGUUUCACAAAGAACUCAUAAAUGUCAAUCCAAACCCCCAGGGACAGUGGUACGGCAAUCAGGAAAUCUGGUAGAAAAAUUAAAAAAGAAACAUGGUAAUGCAGAGAUAUCUAAUAACGAAGUGCAUGAACAACUUAACGAAGAAAAUAAUUAUCCUGAAAUUUCAGAAGCCAAUGCUAAGUUAGUACUCACAGGAGCAAAACUAUCUCUAGAGGACAUGGAGUCUGAAAAUUUCACUCUACUAGAAGAGCAUUUUGAAUAUAGUUCUAAUAAAGAUUUGGCUACUAAUACACCAUGUUCAUCUCAACCAGUUAUGGAACCAAAAAAUUUUGCAACGCUAGAAACGAAUCUAGAUCAAUUAAUUGAUUCCAUACCUACAAUUGAUAAAAAUGUUCCAUCGCCAUCAGAAAUACUCAAAAACUUGUGCUUGUCGAAAGAAGAAGAGUACCCAGAUAUACUCCAGGACUCAGCCAAUGAAAAAACUUAUGAUCUUUUUGAAGUUCUUAUGUAAUUUUAUUUUUAUAAAUAAAUGUAUGAUGUAUUUUCCUACAUAAA